CGGCGACGCUCUAGCCGUGCGGGUUUAAAUCACAGGUUUCUCUGGACCCGGUUUGAUCUGACGUCGACCUCUUCUGUUUUGCCUACCUUUUCUCGCUAGGAUUUUCAAAUAAGCGCAAAAGUACAAUGCCUCGUAAGGCUAUGAAAGUUGUGGUGGAGUUAGAUAUUCACACGGUAAGUGUUGUUGGCGAAAUGUCGAAGGAAUUUCAACUGAUUCCUUCGCCGUUGCUAACGACGCCAGACUGCAUGCUGCAAGGAAGGUCUUGCAUGCGAUCGAUCCUUCGAAGGUUUUGUUGGAACGCAUUUCAUAAAUCUUUCUGUUUCCAUUCGCUUUUCAGGUGACAUGCCCUGGUACUUUUCUGCGAGAUUAUGGCUAUGUUUAUUUGAAAGUAAAUUGCAUGGGUUUGGAAGUUAAUACCAAGUCUGUAGCUCCUACCUUUCCAUUGUUCUUUCAUGAACGUCUGCGAUUCGAACGGGUGAGUGUUAGUUUCGUAACCUGCUUUGUGUAUUUGUUCUCGUCACGUUCGGACGAUCGUGUGGAUUUUAGCCUUGUUAUUGUGCCUUGCUUUCUUUUCUUAGGUAUUCAAAAGCUGUCAGGACCCAGCAUACGUAACAGUUCACUUAAAAGGUAAGCUACAUUCACUGGAUCACGAUCGAAGAAUUCCGCCAUAUUUGAUGGUAUGGAAACCGGAUACGAAAGUUAACAUCGCGUUUGUUUGAAUUUUUUAAGGUGAAGAUGUUCUGGUAGAGCUAAGGCAGCACGAUGACUACAUUUCAGGUGAGAAUACUUUUAAUUUUUUAAAUUUGCUCUAAAUCCCUCGCUUACCAACGCUGCAAAGGGAUUAACUUUCACGUAACCUAAGAUUAUUCGUGAGCGCUUAAUUCUUCACUACCACCAGUGACGUUACUAAUAAUCAGCUGAAAGCAUUCGACCCUGAACUUUUUUUCAAGAGAGGUGGGAAAAUUAUGUUUACAUUAUUAGAGUAGCCACAACAUUUGCAAAGAAAUUAGUAUUGAAAUCUUCGCUUGUAAUCUCCAACCAAUCAGAAACAGACAUGAAAGAUAUCAAGUUUGUUGUUUGAUAUAUCGGAAUUUGAGUUUUUAGCGCUUUCCCUUCCAUUGGAAGCUGUAUAUUUGACCAAAUCAGUGCCCCCGUAUCUUUUUGUAGUAGCCAUGGUUAGAAUACUUCGGUUAAAAACUUUAAUUAGUUUUUGUUUCGUUCGAAAACCGCACAAAUUUGAGUUCAGAUUGUCACAUGCUAAUCACAUAAUACUUAUUACAAAAACUUAGUUUUUCAACGCAACUUUAUCAACUUUUUUCUGGUUUUCUUUAAAUAUUCUUUCUACAUUUAUUGACCUUAAUUCAAAUUAAAGUUUGUCUCAUUAAGACGUCAAUGGUUGUAGUGACAAUACAAAAAUUCUACAUACAAUUAAAAGUGAUUCUUUUGUGGUUUAGACAGUUAGUCCACAGGCAUUGUACUGUGUUUGUGGUUGUCUACGUCAUUUGUAAAUUGAUGGCAAAGUUUGUUUUGUAGAUUGGUUAUACACUCUUCUGACUACAUGUAUAAUUUAUAAAAAGGUGUUAGACAAUUACCUGUGUUAGAAAGCUUUCAUUUUUGUAAAUAUUCUCAAAAUAUUACAGAUUCUUGCAAAAAAAAAAAACCUGAAUUUGUGUCUAUUUCAAAAAGAAAAACUUCUGGUGAGGUUGUCUGAAUAAUUUAUGAUUAACACUAAGUUUCAAAUUUAGAAUGUGUGUCUAUUUGAAAGAAAAUGUAUUUAGCUGUCCUUAAAAACAGCAGCUCCUUAAAACUAACAAGAGGAAAUGAAAAACAACUUUGAAAUUUGGAUGAACAGUCUGUAAGUUUUGUGCUCUUCAAAAAAAUUCAAGAUAGUACCAAAUUAUUUCAAGUGAGGUGUGCUUGAUUGAACAAUAAUGGUUUGUCAAGUUAGCCAUCCAAAAUUUUGUGUAACUAUGCAUGGAAUCAAUCUUGACAGGGUCAUGUAUUGAUAAAAGCAUUACAGGUCUUUUUAAGUAAACACUGAUUGCCUAAACACAGUAGUAGCUGAUUGAAAUAAUUAAAUAAAUGUCAAGUUAAUUAUUUGACAAACCAUGUUGUAGUGGAGAAUGCCAGAUGAAAGACAAUCAACAUCUUACCUUUUAGAGUAGGAGAGGGUCAUUAAUAAGUGAAAUGAUCCUUUUAAAGUAAUCAUUAAUCCUUUAACUCUCAGAAAUGAUUAACAUACAUGUUUAAUUUCUCUGUACAAUAUACAUACAUUAUCCACUACACAGUCCAUGAGAAUACUCAUACUUAUCAGUAGAAGUUGUUAUUUUGAUCUAUUACCAAAUUCUUGUGACUAAAUUAUAAUAAAUUGUGCAGCAGCUAGAAGGGAGAAUUAACAAUCAGAUCUUGGGAGUUAGAGUGUUAAAUACCUUAGAGUGUUAAAUACCUAUCUUUAAGAUGGAUUCAAUAAUACAAACAAACUAUGUGAUAUCCUUAACAUAAUUUUUAUGUUGUAACUGUUUUUAAUAAUGUCACGAUACUUGUUUGCAGAGGGCUAUGUUAUUGGUCACUUUGCCAACAAUGCAAGAGACUUUUUGUAUCCUGCUGUUCCGCCAUAUCCAGGAUCAGGUCGUGAAGUGACCCUCUUCAAAACAUCUCUUUUUAACCCCAUAAGAAUUACAGUAAGUUAAACAAUGGAAUAUAGUUAUGGUACUUGUUAGAUACACAUUCAAGUUUGAAUUUGCAUUGGAUGUAAAUUUGAGUCAAUCCUGUGAAUCAAACAUAGUAAAGAAACUAGCACAGCCAUCCUGUAACAAUUAAAUUGUGUUAUUCUGCAGGGCCAGCCUCUGAGGUUAGAAUUUUCUACCAAGACCACCAUCAAGGAAGUCCCAGAUCCUACAGAUUACCUAUCAUCUGUAAGUAUGAUCUAAAGUUCCUUGCACUGGUCUUUUUGCUAUAAAAUAAAAAUAAAAUCACUGUGAACCAAGUCCUAAAAGCCCAAUGGAUUAAUACAGUCGGAGUUUACUCAGAUUUCCAUGCAAACAUGAUCAAGAGGCAAGGAGAUAUUGAAAGGAUUGUAAGGAAAUUAUUAAAGAUCUUGGUAACCCUCAAAAAACAAUCAAACUCUCCUUAUUUUUCACAAGGGAGUAUAACAGAAUUAAGAGUGAAAAUGUAAUUUGUUUAAGGUUACAAAGGGCUUUUUAUAUCCAUGCAUCCCUUCAAAUUUCAUUCUUGUGAAUGGAAUGCUAGCCCAUCACAGGCAACUGCAAGAAAUCUUUUAAGUUUUCCUGAAUGCUUGCUGGUACUCAAGAGUGGUAAGAGGCACUGUGAAUGUGUAAUGUCCUGCCCAUGGGUGCAAUUCAAAGACCCCUUUCAGUGUCUCCAAAUCUGGUCCUGUUGACCCACUGUUCAGUGCUUUAAUUUCCUGCACACUCCUCAUCUUGCAUGUUGUACGAAAGAAAUAAAAACUCUUUGAACCAGCAAUGAAAUCACAGGUUCUACAUGUUUAGAGUCACUUGCUUAGAAUUACACCUAAAACUUGUACAAAGUCUAUUGCACAUUAAUUGUGAAGUGCCUGUAAUAAUCACCUUUUCCCUUAAUGGAUAUACAUUUUUUAAAAACUCUUUACACCUGUAAAUAUUUUCUUAAAUUACUGAUGGUCAGGGAGAAGACCGUGGCACACUUUCACUCUUAAGCACCUCCAUUAGAAUCACUUGUGCAAAUUUGUGGAGCCUUUGAUCUGCUAGAAAAUGCAGAGGAUCAACUCUUGUUUCUUUGUGCUGUUUCAAUCACUUUUACUUUCAUCCUGAAUGGCUGUUUGAAAUCAAACUUUGUGUGAGCCAUAUUUUUUUCAUUGUUUAUGGAGGAGUUGAGGCAAUAAAAGAGGGUCAUAAUUUGGCUGUUUAGUACCUGUCACUUGAUCAUGUCAGUCGAGUUUUGAACAAAAAGAAAAAAUGGAAAGAGAGCAGUAAAAUUUGGAGAAUUUCCAAGUUUGAGGCAACUUAGUUGAAAUGUCAAGGUUUUAACACUUUACACUCUAACAUCAGUAUGUAUAUUCUCCAUACUGUUCUCUGGACGUUUCCUAAUGUGCUGGCAAAGAGAAUUUGUUUAACAGUCAAGAGGUUCUCCAGUUGAUUAUCAUUUCCUUUAUUCUCAUGACUGUAAUGUUUGAUUCAGGGGUGAUUUUGAAAGGAAAAAUUAGAUGCAAGUCACUCUCAGCGAUCAAAAGAUUAAGGCUGUAAAGGUUGAUUUGGAAAAUGGAAAAUAUGUGCAGAUAGAAAGCUAUUUAUCUUUCAAAACUGUUAAAAAAAUUUAUUUCAGUGAAAUGUCUGUGGCCUCAAAAUUGGAAAUCUUUCUUUGGUAAUUUUUACUGGCUCUCUAUGAUUUUGGGAUUCUUUUCAUUUUACAUGUAGCUGUUGUGACUGAUGAGGUUGGGAUGUGAACUGUCUGCAGUGUAUUUUACAACAGCCAUUCUUGAUUUAAAGUCCCACUUAAAAAUUGCAUUCCCAAGAGAUAGGGAAAGGAAAAAAUAAAAAGAAACAAACUAAAAAAAGAACCUGUUAUUCUAGGACUCUGGUGUUGAUGAUCUUCUGACAAACAGCACAUUUAGUACCAGUCGGCGGUCAGUCAGUCCCACAGGCUCUAAGCAAGUGCCACGGUCUCCCUCUCCUUCACGCCGCAAACUCACCAGUACACCACUACCUAGACCUGACGAUACUCUUGCGAAUCACAAUAAACCAUUUCUUGUUCGUCAUAAAGACGAAGGUUUGUUGGAAAAUCGUGACUUUAGUUCUUUUACUCGUCCUAAGCCUCGUCGAUCCAAGUCACCCACCAGGAGGCCACGCUCAAGCUCCCCAUCCCGUCUUGGGAUGUCAAGUGUACAACCAUUACCAGGUACAUUCAGGAACUGAUUUGUAAUAAAGAUAUAUAGCCCCAUAACUCCCAUGAGUGACCAAGAUAAAAUUGCUCCUUACAAUAUCAAGUAUGCAAGUGAUGAAAAUAAAGAAAAAUAAUAGUAAAGGGAUUAUUCAUUGAUCCAACACCAAAUUCUCUGAACUAACAUCACCAGAACUGUUUGGCAGGGGAGUUACUUAUGAGAUCUCGGGAGUGAAAGGGUGAAAGUUCACAAGGUAACCAGGUGGACAAUCAGACAUGGUUUGGUGCUACUCUAGUUUAAAGAUAUAAUGAAUGUUACCAAGAAGUUAUGGAUCAAUAUCAGUAUCUGGGCAACUGGCCACCUACCCCUCCCCUAACCCAACAUUAACUUUAAAUUGUUGUCAAUUGACUGUUGUUGAGUUAGGGGAGGGGUAGGUGGGCAGUUGCCCAGAUACUGAUAUUGAUUCGAAGUUACAAUCUAUAGACCAAACUUUUCGGUUACAUUCAUUAAAUCUUUAAACCAGAUUAGCAUCAAACCAUGUCUGAUUUGUGAUUAUUGUUUCUGGGGUCAAACUUUGCACUGAAAUUGUAAGGUGAAGAUAAUUAAGCAACAGAGCACACUUUCCUUUGAAUUUCUUGCCCCAGAGUCCAACAGGCUAAUUAUUAGGCCAUUGUGUCUCCAACUACCUGUCAAGGAAACCUGAAAAAAAAAUUUCUUUUUUUCUUUUUUUUUUGGGGGUGGGAGGGGUGUGGGGUGGGGUUAACUUUGCAAUGGACUGGCUCAGUAUUCUUGGGGGGGGGCAGGAGGGGAGGAGUGGGUUGUUUUAAUACCCCCAAUCCCCUGAUGGCACUUGUUUGUAAGCUGACUUAACCAUGCUUCUCUGACAGUAUCAUUCUAAAAUUCCAAUUUUAUUAGUAACACAUGUGUUAUUCUAUUCCCCAGCAUGGAAGUACUCAGAAGAUUUCCCUUCUACUUCAGUUUCUCGACACAGGGCUCAUACACGCUCAGUGACAGCACCUAUGUCUUUGUCUCGCUCCUACCGUCCGUCUAGUCCUUCUCGUAGCCUCAGUUAUGCAUUGGAUGAUCUUGACAUCUCAACCAACUCUUGGAAAAACUUCAGCGACCCAGUGCUACGAUUCAAGAGUAGGAACUCACCUAACUUGAAGGCAGCUCUAGGGGCAUCUGAUCGCAUUCAACAGCGUGUGGAAAGAGUGAUUGAGGGGAAGAGCCCCAGGAAGUUUGUAAGUUUUCCAUUCAAUAUGGAACUAACCACUUUGACAAUGUGACGCUUUUCUGUAUUUUCCUUCCAACUGCAAACAAAACCUAAAAAACAAAACAAACAAACAUCUGUCAUCUGCUCGAUUAACUUUCCUGAAAUAAGACAUGGUUUGAUACUACUCUGGUUUAAAGAUUUAAUAAAUGUAACCGAGAAGAUACAAUUUUUUUUUCAUUGGAUCUCUUGCUGCAACGAUUAGAUAGCCCCUGGUGAAAGCACUGGACUGGAGUGUCAAAACAUUGGGCCAAUGAAUGUAACUUCUUGGUUACAUUCAUUAAAUCUUUCAACCAGAGUAGCAUCAAACCAUGUCUGAUUGUCCACCUGGUUGCUUUGUGAACCCUAAUAUAUUCCCUGAAAUUAGUAAUCUGUAAAGUUCCAUGAAAGUCAAUUGCAAACUCAUGAAAAUAUGGGUUCCCAAAUUUGCCACUUUCUACAAAGAAGUUAUUGCUAUGAAAAAACCGGUGAGUGCAUGUUCCAUCCCUUCAUGAGUUUGCAAUAGAUUAGACUUCACUUUAGGGAGAGAUUAAUACUUGUAACUUUGACUGUGGCUGAUCAUUCCUUUGCUUUGCUUUACUUACAGUCUGAAGAUUCAGAUAAUGAAAGUGUAGACUCACUGGAUAUUCUCAGGUAAGAGAUGAUUGCAUGUACAAGUUGCAAGUUCAUUUUCUGUUGUCAGUGCUGUACUGAUAUAAUGCUAACUAAUAACCUGAGCUUGUUGCUUCAUCAGGAUGCCCAGAGCCCACUUCUCAGGACUAUUGCUAGUGCUCAUAUGUAUGAUUUUAAUUUACUGUGAGUUUACUCCUGCACUACAGUAGGUUCUCCUAAACAGAUUUCUGGUACCCAUUCAUGCCUGAAGGUAAUUUUUUCAUAUUCUUAGCAAGACAUGUUAUUUCUAACACACUGUGUGAGAUAUGACGACAUUUCUUGCUAAGAACAUACAGAAAUUACCUUGACCAGGGUAUGAUCUCAGCACUCAUAAUGUGUUAUCCUGAGUUAUAGAAGUAUACAUAAAUUUUCUUGCUUUUAAUUGUUUCAAUCUUUUUUUUGGUACAGAGAAUCCCUGCGAGAGGAAAGAAGAGCACUGAGUGAUGCCAUAAGGGAGGCAGACAGAGCGUAA